AUGCAGAGCGUGUGCGCGCAGUCGGUUUCAUGCAAGGGGGCCUUCACCCAGUCCCUGCGGACCCCCCGAUGCAGCAGGAGCCAGCUCGUCUGCCGGGCUGAUGGCAAGGCCGGAGCCUUCAUCAAGACCGUAAAGAGCGGUGCUGCCGCUCUGGCUGCCUCCCUCCUCCUGUCUGGGGGUGCGGGCGCACUGACCUUUGAUGAGCUGCAGGGCCUGACCUACCUGCAGGUGAAGGGCUCUGGCAUCGCCAACACCUGCCCCACCCUGUCUGGCGGCUCCUCCAACAUCAAGGACCUGAAGAGCGGGACCUACUCCGUCAACAAGAUGUGCCUGGAGCCCACGUCCUUCAAGGUCAAGGAGGAGGCACAGUUCAAGAACGGCGAGGCCGACUUUGUGCCCACCAAGCUCGUCACGCGUCUGACCUACACCCUGGACGAGAUCUCUGGCCAGAUGAAGAUCGACGGCAGCGGCGGCGUGGAGUUCAAGGAGGAGGAUGGCAUCGACUACGCUGCAGUCACCGUGCAGCUUCCGGGCGGGGAGCGCGUGCCCUUCCUCUUCACCAUCAAGGAGCUUGACGCCAAGGGGACUGCCGACGGCUUCAAGGGCGAGUUCACCGUGCCCUCCUACCGUGGGUCCUCCUUCCUGGACCCCAAGGGUCGCGGCGCCUCCACCGGCUACGACAACGCCGUGGCCCUGCCCGCCGCCGGCGAUUCCGAGGAGUUGGAGAAGGAGAACAACAAGUCCACCAAGGCUCUGAAGGGGGAGGCCAUCUUCUCCAUCGCCAAGGUGGACGCCGGGACAGGGGAGGUGGCGGGCAUCUUUGAGUCCAUCCAGCCCUCCGACACGGAUCUCGGGGCCAAGGUGCCCAAGGAGGUCAAGAUCACGGGGCUGUGGUACGGGCAGCUGUCCUGA